UUGUACGUAAAGAACGAAUAUUUAAAGUUUCAACAUGGAAAACAAGCAUAGAGAAGCGAUCAUUUCCCGCAUGGAUGCAUUAAUCCAUUGUACAAAUUAUGAAGCUUUGUGCAAUGAGUGCAUACAACGAAAUAUGCUUUCACGCGAUAUGGUUUUAAGGAUUGAGAGCCUCGAGUCCGAUGCGGAGACUAGACACAAAAGGCUGUUUGAAAAAAUUACCAAACGUGGCCCGAAGGCAUUUGAUAUCCUGCUCGACAUUUGCCGACGACAAUUCCCACCAGCAUAUACUGAGUUGCAGCGUGGAUUCAUGCCUCCCUUCCGCCGAAUGGAAUCAAACGAUGCUAAAAUGAAUUCAACCCUUAACCCAAACCGUGUGCGCCCAGUCACCCCGAAUGAAGCCGUCGAACUUGCUACAACCCGUUGCUCGGAAGAAUCUGCUAACAAAGAGAACAACAACGCAGCUGCAGCGAGCGAGCGUGUCACAGGAAGUAACUCAGAGUUAAGUGUACAUGAAAGAAUUCCCCCGCCGUUUAUAGUUAAGCAAUCGAGUGGACCUCCAUCAACACAGCCGUGGGUUACAACGUACCCAAUGGCAAACCGGAACAAAGGCGUUGCAUUCAUAUUAAAUAUGAUAAGCUUCGUCAACGAUACCCUCCCCGAAAGGAAGGGAGCAACAGUUGACGGAAAGAACUUAAUAUCCCUAUUUCAACAAUUGGGAUUUCAAGUAUUUUACAACGAAAACGUUACUUUGGCGAAAUAUAAGGAAUUGGUUGCCAAGCUAAAGUCUUCGAACCAUCUACCGUGCGACUGUUUCGUAUUUUACAUUCUUUCCCACGGCAAAAGACACGAGGAUAAAGACAGCGACUAUAUCUUUCUAUACGACACCUCCCUGCUGCGGAUUCAGGACAUAUUGGUAGAAUUCAGUGCACAGGAAUGUAAAAAACUGAUCGAUAAACCGAAAUUAUUCUUUUUCUCCGUCUGUCGAGGUGAAAAUUCAGACCUUGGUUCCCAUCGUCUAGCAAGGAUGACUGAACGUGACGGUGUUAUGUUAAAUCGUAGGGAAAUGGUACCGAUCAAUACCCCCACGUACUGCGACAUGCUGUUGUGUUACGCAACAGUACCCGGAUUUGCUGCACUUCGCGAUCCAAGCACUGGGUCUUGGUUUGUGGAGAGUAUGUGCAGAGUUUGGGCAAAGCAUGCACACGAAAUGGAUGUGGAGACAAUGAUGAAACUGGUGGGAAAAGAUACGGCUUCAAAUCGAACGAAUGCAUUAGAAUUGCAGACAAUCAGUACCGAGCAAAGGGGCUUUUUCCACCAUCUGUAUCUCAACCCUGGGUACUACGCCGACUCCCAAGAUAAACUUGCGGCGAUCAACGUGGCGCGUUUCAAAAGUCUGAAGUCUGUGGUGAAGCUUUCAAGGGGACCUACAAAAACACAACCAUCGGUAACAACCUAUCCAAUGACGAGCCGAAAUAGGGGAGUUGCAUUUAUCGUGAACAUAAUAUCCUUCGUAAACAAGGACUAUACCGAAAGAAGAGGAGCGAAAAUCGAUGGACAAAACUUGAUUUCCCUUUUUCAGCAACUGGGAUUUAAAGUAUUUUACUAUGAAACCCUUACGAAGGCGCAAUAUAAAGCAUUGAUGGCACAGCUAAAGACAUCGAAUUAUUUAUCGUGCGAUUGUUUCGUAUUCUACAUUCUUUCGCAUGGCUUAAGGGAGGAAAAGACCAACCGCGACCUUAUUGCUUUUCAUGACUGUUCCCAUCUGGCGGUUCAGGACAUAUUGGCAGAAUUCAGCACGAAAAACUGUACUAAACUGAUCGGAAAACCGAAACUUUUCUUUUUCUCCGUCUGUCGUGGGAACGAUGCGGACUUUGGCUUUGAUCUAUCAAGAACGACUGAACAUGAUGGCGCCCGUCUUAAAGCUAGUGAUCCAGUAUCGGUUAAUAUUCCCACGUUCUGCGAUAUGAUGUUGUGUUACGCAACAGUGCCCGGAUUUGCUGCACUUCGCGAUUCAAACACUGGAUCUUGGUUUGUGGAGAGUAUGUGCAAAGUUUGGGCAGAGUAUGCCCACGAAAUGGAUGUGGAGACAAUGAUGAAACUUGUUGGAAAAGUUACGGCUACAAAUCGCACGAAUGCAUUAGAAUUACAGACUAUCUGUACCGAGCAAUGGGGGUUUUUCCAUCAACUGUUUCUCAAUCCCGGAUACUACGAGUUCGCACAAGAUGAACGGUCCUAAU